AUGUGGGAUUUUAUCGUCGCCGAUAGCUCAUCCAACCCUCUAUACCCGCCCCAUGAUGGGCAUCCAGCGUACGGAGUUGGCGUUCCCGACGUUGGGCAAACGCAGCCAGACACACCCUCACCAUCAUCCACCAGUCCAAUCGCACAUCCAUCCCCGCAGCACGCCAACCAGCUCAUCGUCACUUCCUCUACCACUCGGUCUGUCGCAUUCAUGAACCAUCAUCGUUUGUCCUAG